ACUAAUUGAACUGCUGGAGUGAACGAAGGUUUCUGAAAAAAAAACAUCGGAUUUCCUCUCCCUUGUUUUACAAAAAUUGAUAAAUUAAUUAAUAGAUCAAUAAAUAAGUGAAUCAAUUGGUAAUAUAUAAUGAAAAUCAAAUGAAAAAUGUCUUAUUUCCAUAUUCAACCAACGGAUGUCUUUGAUUGAGCCUUGCACAUUUAUUCCACUGAGUUCAAUUCGCACAAAAUUGAGUUACUUAUCCCCGGCAAACAUUGAAUACUUCAUUAAUGUCGCAGCCUAGUUCGACAUCACUUGUGAGACUUCUCUCUUUAACAUCAAUUCCGGGUCAUCCGUUUCAGUGCCAACCACUGGAGCGAAUAUCGAGUUUAAAGAAUAUUCUGGAUAAAUUGGAAAUAGAGAAUAGGGUGGCUACCCUUGACACUCAUUCAUCAAUCGAUUUUCCGUUACUCGUUUCAGUCUUUAUCGGCGAUUUAUUCACCCUCGCGGUCAGUCCUUAUUUAUGAACCGUACGAGAUAGUGCGGAUGUAACAAAUGGACUCGAGUGCAUAUGUACGUGUCCUAGGAACAAUGGGAAAUAGUCUCGAUCGUGGUGGAGGGCUCAUGAUGCCAAUGAAACUCGUUUAAAGUGAGUGCCGAGUUACGGAGGCUGCGUGGAAAUCUGAGAUCGCCUUCACAUGAGUCUCGAGUGUCUCUGUGAGAGGAUUGGACCUUUUAAUAAUAUUAGAUAGCAGAAGGUUCAAACUGCAGUGCUUGUGGAGUGGUGAGUGAAGAAAAAUGUUCGGUUCUUCGCAAGCAGGACCUUUUGGUAUAAUUGAGUAUCGUCUCCUAACGGACGAUAAAAUAGAAUCGGCGAUUGAGAUCCAGCAGAAAUCAAUGCGCCAGGAGAACGUGGCCCUUGGUGUCGGCCUCUACGAGGAGGAGGGUGGCCCCGAGGCGAUGAAGAACGUUUUCUAUGAAGUUAUCAAGGACAAUUGCACUAUCGUGGCGAUCGACGUUAGGACUGAAGAAGUCGUCGCGGUGUCGUUUAAUAAACUGCACGCACCAUUAGCCAUCGGUGAGGCGGAUCCUCUCGAGGAAGUUGUGAAAAAUCAUGUGACGGCCCGAUCCAGCCUUGCUCUCAUUGAGUUCCUCAGUGAUGUCGAGUCGCGAGUGGACCUCUUCAACAGAUACAACACUACAGGCGCUAUGGAGAUCUUCUACGUGGGCACAGAUCCCAAGUAUCGGGGAUUCCGGAUAGGACACGGGGUCGUCGCCGCCUCACUGACCCUUGCCAGAGACCUGAAGAAACGCGAAACUGGCGAGUGUGCGGUCAUUCCCGAAGUCGCUUUCGGAGUUUUCACUUCGAAUUACAGCCAGAGGAUUGCGGAUAUCCUCAAGUUCGAGUGGCUGGAGGCUGCCAACUACUCGGAUUACGAGUACUGGGGAAAAACUAUGGCCGAGAGAAUUGGAAAUGAGCACAAGUGUGCGAAAUUGGGAGCGUUGAGGCUGUAAAUUAUUUUGAUUCUGUUCGAUUGGCAUUCGAUAAUCGGUUGGUGAAUAAAAAAACAUUGAAUUAAAUUAAUGCAUUUCAAUUUUUGAAAAAAUCAAUUUCAAUGGAAAAAUUAUUUGAGUUUGUGAUUGACAAUUUUAGGGCUGAUUGGAUGAACACUGACAUGUUCUAGCUUCUAAUUCUUCUCUCGCAGCCUUUAAAUUAGAAGACUGAUGUUUCUGUUAAUUAAGCUACCCGUUAAAUUGCAAUAAAAUUUAGCUGGAUAUUUUCUUUAUAAAUAAAAUCGAAAAUGAGGUUAAAUAAUGAAGAACAGUACGUACGGGUAUUGUAUACCUGUACGGAUAACUGAUAUGGAUUAAUAACAAGAACUGCCCAAUUAUCAGUACAUUUUUUUUAUUUAAACUUGUCUCAGCACAAAUUCAUUAUAUUACAUAUGUAUAAAGUUCGAUCUGACGACUGACACCUCUCACACAUAGAGAAAUCCACGUCAGUGGAUAAAAUCUCGCACUGGCCCUCAGCUUGAGAAAUUAAUCGCAAUGUGCAACAGGCGGACGAGAAUUGAUAUUUUCCGAUAGAAAAACGUGAAGUCAGACGACUCCAUUGGUUUCUAGCAUUAAAAAUGACUCGAUAUCCAAUAUAACUGGCCUAGCCAUACAAUCAGGAUUACCUCAAUUUUUUUUUUUUGGAACAUUAAACUCCAUUGUUUCAUUUUUACGUUUAUUUGUUACUCUCACUCAAUGAAGGGCAAAACUAAAUACUAUUUUAAUUAAACGUCAAUUGAGAUACCAAAUUUCGAUAUAUUUAGUAUUGAAAAACUUGCGAAGGUAUUAAAUACUUCAAUAUUUAGUCGGGGGGAGUGAGGAAACUGUCUUCAAUCAUUAAUAACUUGGGAUCGAUCGAGUGAAAUUUGACGAUUUUUUUUUCUUUGUGAAGCUCGAUUUUUAAACUUCAAGAUGGCAGAAAAUCAUUUGAUUUUCCUCUGCGAUUUCCGAAUUAUUGACUAUUGAGUAGCAAAUUGGUGAAUAGAAAGCCGUGACUUAUUUCGUUUUACCACUUCGCAACUCCAUUGUAAUCAUAUUGUACAAUUUAAUUAUUGAGUAUUUAGUAAAUAUUUCGUUGCCCAUCAUUGCUCUCACUAAACGUUUGUAUAAAUAUUCAUAUUAAAUCCAUGAUCUUAUGAAUUGUCCUCUGGCUAAUAGCUAUAAAUAUAGAAAAAAGAAGCACGCUGACGAAAUAAUCAGAAUUUUGUUUCAUUACUUCUCAUUUAUUCAAUAUGGAAUAGUCAUAAAAUGCACUUGAUACAUAUUUCCAAAUGAUGAUUCUUCAUGACAUCAACCCAAAUAUUCUUACUUUAAUAAUUUUCUUUUUUGUUUAAAUUCAUCGUGGCAGAGGAGUAAGCUGCCAUUCGCUGGACUAGAGAUUUCACUACUGCUUUAUUGCGUGCCCGCCAUUCGUGACAAUCAUCCUUUUUUUUCAAUAAUAAUUUUAUAAUUUUCGCGCUCACUGAGGCACUCGUUGUGUCUGAGGCGCUUCGAGCAUUGGCGCACAUUGAGAAAAGCCUUAUCAUAUUUGAACAAUUUUUUUUGUUACAAUUAUUCAGGAGGAAUUCAGCUUUUUGGAGAUGUCUUUGGAUUUGUGGGAGAGGGCGAAAUUU